AUGGAUCAGCUGUCGCAGUACACUCGAGAGGUUGCACGAGACGAGUCUCGGCGCCGCAGCAUCGGGGAGCUUCAGGGCGAUUUGCUAUGGCGGCCAAAUCUGCCCAAGACGUGCACAGUCGCAGAUGCUCACAAAGCUUGCCUGGAAUUACUAGAACGGCAAUUAGCCGUUGUCAUUGAGUGUGCUAAAGAGGGAAAUUCUGGCGUGAAGUCGCUGCUGAAUCCGAUUGCCCGGAGACUGGAUGAUCAGAUAGUGCGGUUUGAGAUAUGGUCCUCAGAUGUCGAUGCCAAAACUGGGACGCUGGGAGAAGAACCUGUGACGGGAGCAUUCUCGGGGGAAAUGAACAAUCUGUUCGGACUUGUGAAGGAUAGACUGUUGAAGAUUCUGGAACUUGCUGGGAUCGUGUCAGAUGACUUGGGCACCGUUUUUGGAGUCCUUGGUUCUAUCGAUAACGGUUCUGACAGGAGUACGGCUUCCCAGCGAUUACAGGAUUCUUGUGAUCACGUUUCUACCACCAUUAGCGAGAUCGAUCCUGUCCUCAAGAAUCUGGGGACACUGGUGCGUCCGGUCCGCGCGGCUCAAGCUGCUUUUCGUCAGGAGGGCUCGUACUGGGAGCAUCGCCAGAAGAUCCUGCAAGUUAAGAACGCGGGGAGGUCGGCUGGUCCAUCUGGUCUACCGUCGCCGAGCCCGUCAAGAGCCUCUGACGAAAGUCCAAGUUCUGCAAGCUACCCAGAUCGGAAUGCACGCGUAGAAUUCUUUUCUGAAGGAUCCGAUAAGGGGAAGGGCCCAGAGGUCACUACGAGAAGUAUCGCUAUUGUACAAGACAACUCAACACAUCCAACGCUGACUGGCAGGGCGAUGGGGAAAACGCGACUAGCUACAAGAUCACAACAAAGUCGAUCACCGCCGGACGGGGGACAGAUCUCAAUUGCCUGCCCAACAGACCGACUGAAGGCUAGACUGGAUAUGGUUGUGGAGAAUCAUUUUCACGACGAGGACUGGAUGCAUACCGUGGACGACAGGAUCCAGUCUGUCCUCGAUGAGGACUCUUUGAAAGCCCUCUUCACUUGCGUCUGUACGAAGUGCCGCUUGUCUCGUCGCCUUGCCAUCGCAUCAUCAAGUUCGAACGGAGAAGGUCUACAGCUGGAAGGAGUUCCGGACGCACUUCGUCUGCUGUCGAUGUGUAUCCUCGCCGAGAAACCAUUCUUGAUAAGCCUACUGCUUUCCCGAGAUAUCGACGAUGAAGUUUUUGAAGACUGUAAAUCCGAAACACAACUAGUGGAUGCAACAGGCAUUGCCCUUGACGAUGCGAGGACGUUAUUGAAACUCAAAGGCUUAUUUUUCGGGGUUAGCAUGAUGCGGUACUUGCGGUCGCCCAAACAAGAUGACAAGCCGCAAGACGGAGAGAGAACAUGGCUACUGAACGAGAUCUUGGAGCUAACAAGAAAACUGUCAACACCAAAUGAUACAUCGGAGUUGGACCUGCAGUCGAUGAUGAUCUCACAGCUUACGUUCACCAAGACGAAAAGAAUGGACACGGAUCGUCUCAAUGACGUCUUUCCCGAGCUGUGGGACGACGAUGUCUCGAUUCAAUCACUAGGGUUUCUAGUGAUGGAUAUGAUUUGGUUCCUCGUCGGCGGAAGCUCCAUGGUGAUGUACAUGGAUGCUCUCCGCUCCAAGCCGACAUCCCGACCAGCAGGACCAUUCGAUUGGAUAAAAGCUAUUUCCAGAGAGGCCUUCGCCCAGUUGGAAGCAGAGCCUGAACUUGCUCAGGCCUUUGAAGUCGCGUAUAUUCUUAUCCAACCUAACGGUCGAUUUGGCCUGGAUGGCACGCCCGAGGAAAAUUAUGCUUAUGCGGAUAUGCAUCUGCGGAAGUUGUGGCCGGUGUCGUUUCUGGAUGACCCGUUUAGAGUUGGGGGGCAUAGGUCAAAUAGGAGCUUGGAUGCCUGGAGCGUUUCGACAAAGGCCAGUACGGAGGCUGAUUCAAAUUAUAUUGAGAUGGAGGGGAGCGUGUUUAAAUGGCUCAUACUAAGGUAUAGGAAGGACGGUGAGGGAGAUGUCGAUUCAGGGUGUCGGAUACGCAUUUAUAAAUCGCCGAAUGGGCAGCGACUGAGGUUUGUGGUGUGUGAUUUUGAUAAAGAUCCAAACAAGCACACCUCAUUUCAAGUAUUGACCGAGGGGCUAUGUUUUGUUCCUUUAUAUUCUUACGAUGAACGGCCGACGGAGUUCAGCGCGAAGUUGCAACCAAAAUCUGGCUCUACCAGAGAUAUUAAUAUUCAAUAUAUUUUCACAUUUCAGACUCGGGAAGAUGUUCAGUUACUACAAGAAUGCUUGACUGGUCGUACGAUUGAAAGCCACGCAAUUCUCAAUAGCUUCUCUCUGCUUGUCAAGAAACACCGUGGAUUUGAGAUCCGAGGUGUUGAAAUUGGGUUCUGGGAUAGCAAGAGACAGGAGAUUCAAGCAACUAAUUUUGGAGCUAUGCAGAUUUGGAGAGUGCUGGAAAAAGAUAAACUGGACUCCGUCCACAAAGGAGACCAACAGCAAAAGAGAGGGGUCAAAGAGCAUCCAUUGAGAUUUGAAAUUGCGGUAACAUCUGAUAAGAUGCUUCUGGUCAUCGGAGUUCGUUCGCUCCUCCGAGUCCGAGACGUUGACUCUCUGGGUCUUUCCAUCACCAGUCGGGACGAUGCACGAGCGUCAUCAUUGAUAGGUCGACUUUACCAGGCUCAAAAGCUAGACGACGAGACCAUCUUUCCCGGAAUCCCGGUCUUCCAAAAACCACCAUUCGAGUCGCCACAAGAUGGGGAGAUGAUAUUAUGCAGUGCCCUGCGUCUGGGUUUCUCUAGCAAGCUCGCCAGAGACAGCAUAAGGAGAUUCCUGGUCAAAAGCUAUAAUGCGAAGCCAUGCUAAUACCGCGUACCGAUGGAUGAUGUUUAGUGGGAAACACCUUGUCAAUUGCAAAGUCUGGUACCGAGGAACGGGCCACCAGCGUGUUGUUUCAUGCAACCAUUCACGAUCUGGUACAAGAUGCUGGAUUUGGCCUCGGAUUGGCGAGGCGGUCCUUUUGUACCACCAACCCCUCCAUCACCCAUGACAGGAGACGGGGUGUUCGCAACCCCACCAAUUUCCACGAGCCAGUCGGCCUGGCAUCUGGCAUGUGCGCCUAAGUCCGCUUCCCACCAUACUGUGGUCACCCAGAUAGUUGUGUGGUUACCAAUUACCAGCAUGGGCAAUAGGCAGGUCCAAAAGAUCAGAUAUUGAUCGCUGACUGGUCAGUAUACGCCAAGUCGCCGGAUCAUGAUUGGCAGCUCGAAGCGAUUCCACCUGCUGGGCUUCUCAACUGAGUCAACUCAGAUUGUGUGUGGUCUGGGUUUUCUGGGGUUGCACGGCUUCUGGGGAUCUCAGACAGUGUUUGACAGGGGACUCGUCUCCAAACUUGCAGUGGACGGACCCGGGGUUCAGCGGCCUCUCCGGGCCCUGAAUUCACCAACAAUACAGUAAAUUACAGCAUCCAGUUCCGUCACCCAAAUCCCUGAAGGGUCCUGUACUCUACUGUAUCACCGACCGCACUACAAAUUGCACUGUGCCAUAGGGAGUAAAGCCUGGCCGCCUGGCCGCCUGCCCGGGCCAGACUCUCUGGCUGCCGCACCGGCGUUGUCCCUACCCGUACCCUAGCUUUACUGUACUUA